CGUCAAGUUUGCCUCCGGACUUCCUAAAGUUUAUUAGUAAUCAAAUAAGUGGAGGCGGCUUUUCUAGGGGGCUGGUAUUUACAAUGGAAGAGAAGAAAUUGUUGCGUAGGAAAGAAAAGGCGCGAGAUGAAGGUAACAACGAGAACUUGGGAUUCGCUUGCAAAAGCCUGGGUGACUUCUAUAACCAACAAGGUCGGUACCACGAAGCCUGUAAGGAAUACCAACAGGGAACAAACAUUUUUAGCAAAUUGGGAAAGCAACUGGAAACAGCAAUAUGUAAUCGAAUGAUGGCAGAGACGUUCAUGCUUCUGGGUGAAUCUGAAAAGGCUCUAAAGCACGCUAACAUUUUCUUGAAAAUGGCGAAACAGAUUGGAAACAAAAUCGAAGUUCAACGUGCCUAUACGACCUUAGGACGAACUUACCUCCUCCAGGGGCAAGAGGCAAGCAACAUAACGUCUGCCAGUCGACCUUUGAAACUUGCUGAAAAGGCAUUCAUUCAAGGCCUGCUGAUAUGCAAAGAACUUUCUGGACAGAUCAGCAAAGUCGAAUUGUUGGAUAUGCAAGCUCGGCUCUACCUGAACAUUGGGGUCACUCGCGAGCAUUUGGGAGAUUUGGAUGAAUCUAUCUCAUAUUUGGAAAAAGCGAUAAAGAUCUGCAAAGCCAACGAUCUUUACGAUUUACUACAUAAUUGCUAUGAAUCUGCCAGCUUACUUUAUCAGAAGAAAAAGUCAGACACGUUGUUGGCUUUGAGAUUCUGCAAUUUAGCAUUGGAAGUUGCGGAACGUUUACCAAAUCGGGCAAAGAAAGAAUGUGCAACGCGUAUUAUUAAAGCAGAUAUUAUGAUACAGGAGGGAGAUUUCCAAAGUGCCAAACAGGUACUGCGUCGAGCUUAUAAAUUAAAGUCACCGGAAAUUAACGAUCGCGAGGGUAUUGAACGAACUUUGAAGAUUGUUGCUGCCCUUUGCAAUACACUUGACCAAUUGGUAACAACUAAUUCAGAUGACUAUGAAACCCGAAAGUCAUUAUACGAAAAAAUGGGCGACGGUUGCUGUCUUCUUCAGAAUUACAAUAAAGCAAUCGAUUACUACUUGAAAAUGUUGGAAUGUGCUGAAUUUUGCAAGAAAUCACCAAAAGAUCUAGUACCGCCUUACGUUUCUCUCUAUCAAACGUAUAAAGAUAAUAAACAAUACGACAAGGCUCUAGAAUAUUUGUGGAAAGAAUAUGAGGUCAACAAGGACGAACCGGUCGAAGCGUUCAAUACGUUGUGCAACAUUGCUGAUAUUUACGAGCUGGAAUCGAAACCAUUUUGGGAAACACAGGACUGCUACCAAAAGGCUAUUGAAGAGGCCCGAAAAGCAAACAGUUCUAGAUUGGAACGUAUCGGUUUCAUUCGAUUAAUGAAGUUGCAGCAAAAAUUUAACAUGUUUACUUCUAUGGAAAUUCUGAAGGAUGAUGCAAACAAGAGAGGGAUCGAAUUGGAUAACGUAGAUGAUGAUAGUGAUAGUGAAAAUGGGCAAUUAGAGGAGCACAACACACCCGAUAUUGGGGAUGAUAUCUGCUUAGACGAUUUAACAGAUUCCGAAGAAGAAGAAAUCGAAACAAAGGAGAAGAAAGAAACCGCAAGACCGCAAAGGAGACGAAAUGUUGGCAUUACGGUAAAAAGGAACACUAAAGGCGAGACCCCUCUUCAUCAAGCAUGUAUAGCCGGCAAUCUAGAAUUGGUACGCCGUCUAAUUGAUCAAGGUCACGCAAUAAAUGUCCGAGAUCACGCGGGCUGGUUGCCACUCCACGAAGCUUGUAAUCACGGCUUUCGGGAAAUCGUUGAAAUUUUAUUGGACAAUGGAGCUUCGUCAGCAAUUAAUGACAAAGGAGGGACAAAUUGCGAUGGAAUUACUCCUCUCUAUGAUGCAUGUUCAAAUGGAUUCACAGAGAUUGUUGACCUUCUUUUAGAACGCGGUGCGAAUGCAACUCUAAAAACAGAUUUUGGUGACACUACAUUGAAUGUUUUGGAUAAAUGGAGAAGUACUGCUGAUUUGGAUCUUUUUGAGCAAGCGCAGUACGAAAAAGUUCGCAGUAAGAUUGCCGAACAACUUGACAAGGCUGGAAUGCUUAAUGAGAAUAACGAUAUCAUAUCACCUAGUCACAAUGGAAGUGCUAAAAAAAGAAAUUCAAAUGACCACGAAGUAUCGUUAGAACUUUUGCGAAGGUUGGCUUGUGAUAGUGAUUCAGAUAACUCAGACGGGGUGUCGAGUUCGAGGAGGCAUAGUAGAGGGAAAAAGACUAUCUUUGAAGAUGAUGUGGAAAACGAGGUUAAUACAACCAUGGAAUUGAAUGAAACGUCACCAAUAGCGUACACAAAUACCGUUCUACAUACUUCAAAUGCAAAAGAAGAGUACAAAAGUGUGAUGGAAAGCUUAAAACAUCCAAAACGAUCAUUCAUAACCAGCGAAAUAUCGUCUAAGAAGCGAUCAGGAUACCUUAACCCUGAUGAAAUCGAUGACGAUUGGUUAAUUGAAGACAUGAAACCGGAUAAGAAGAAACGGAAGAUGACCACGGAUCGAAAUUUGUACAGUAGCGAUCCUAAUUCAAGAACUUCUUUUAGCUCCAAUUCAAAAGAAAAUAUGAUUUCGCCCUUUAAGAACUAUAGUGACGAUGAAAAUUCUCAAGAUGCAUUUCGAAUAUUGUUGGAUUCAAAGGGUGUACCAAGGAAAAGUUCCAAAAACAAAUUGCCCAGAUCAUCUAGUUUGACCGGCUCGAACCACUUAAAAAGACAAUCAUCCCUUCUAGACAGCGGGUUCUCUCGAUUUCGAAGUGAAAGUCCCCAAUCAGUAGAAGAGAGUUCUGAAUUGGAGCCUGAUUCUACUACCACGAUUAUUUUACCUGUCGAACGAAGUCCCCAAAAAGAAGUUAAUCCGGUGGUGACCACAGUUUCGUUCAAAAUAAAAGUCGAAGAUGAAAUGUUGCUUAUUCCGGUGGAGAGAAAGAAGCUCAUGGAAGCAAAUAUACGGUGGCUUGCUGAAGAAACGUCCAGACGGUAUUACAAUUUAGUCGGCUUGAGACCUGUUUUACGGUUGAUGACAGCGGAUGGUUUUGCUUUUGAGGAGAACGAUGUCAUCAAUGUUGCCCUCGAAUAUCCUAUGAUCGCAGGCAAAGUUUUGGAGUGGAAAAUCUCACCAUUAUCCCAGCGAUAUGAGGAAAUGUGUUGCCAAUUACAACUGAGUGUCAACGAUAACAUUAAGUCAGUACUGGAAAAGAGCCAAUCUAACUGUAUACUUCUGAAUGAUCAAGCAUUAAUGCCAGAUGCAACGCUUCCUAUUUUCAAGGCGCUUUUGCAUCAAACCACCUUGCGAGUACUAGACCUUUCCAACAAUUUCAUUCAAAAUGAAGGAUGUAAACAGCUUAGCAGACCACUGGAAACUUUAAAACACCUCAACACCCUAAAUCUUCGAGGUAAUUGCAUCACAUCUGUUGGUUUGAGCAACUUGACGUCAGCACGGUUAACUGAAUUGGAGGACUUAGACCUGAGUUACAAUCCACUGGGAAAUGCGAGUAUAAAAGAAAUAGAUCAAAUCUGUUGUCAUGCAAUGGAGUUGAAGAAGUUACAUCUAUCUAGUUGUAACAUUUCAAACUUCUAUGACUUCGAUCUGCAAUUUUUCAAUCUCACAAACUUCAAUAUGUCCUUCAAUAGUCUUACACAAUCCGCGGCAAAAUCAGUCAUUCUGAAACUAAAUUCCUGUCGCAUGCAAUACCUCAAUCUUAAUUUUUGUACAGUAAAUGAACAUCCAUUUGGCAGUUAUUUAUUAGAAUUUUUACAAAGCGGAACUUGUGAAAAAUUUCGAUGCGUUGAGUUGGCUGGAUGUCACCUUACCGAUAUGGAUGUCUUUAACUUAACAACGCAUCUAUCAAAAGCUAAGGAUUUGGAAGAAAUAAAUUUGUCAAUGAAUCCUAAAUUAACACCACGAUCUUUACGCUAUAUCUUCGAAUACAUUCCUCACGUUAAGAGGAUUCAUAUAGAGCAUUGUUGGCCAAAUACAGAAAGUAUUAGAUGGGAUGAACUCAACUUGGAGGCGGCCGAGAAAAAAACAGAACUAAUUAUCCUGUCGGGCAAGGAAGAAGAUGAGAACACUUUGCGACAGCUGUGGGAUUCGAAACAUGGCAGCCACGCGAAAUUCCUGGUGGAGGGCGAUCUUUACAAACUGUAUACAAAUGAUUGUGAUUUAAGAUAAGACUCAUUGUGAUAAGAUGUAGGCUAAGCAGUUAAUAAGUAAUAAUUUUUUUAUCAUAAA